AUGCAAUCUACACUCAUUGUCCGAUUUACUAUGACUACAUGCUUAGUUUUUCUAUUCUUUACUGCUGUUCUUUCUGCACCCAGUUCAUCUGAUUCAAAAACCGAAUCUAAUGUACGAGUAGUUCGCUCGACAAUUAAUGAUUCUGAAGAUGAUCUCAUAAAAUAUUGUCAACAUUUCUGUUCUAAUAAUUUAUUAUUUACAAAACGAGCUUAUUUAAAAGGUUUCGUUCAUGGUCGAUCGGUUGAUGAAGAUGGUGAACAUCAAGAUAUUAAUGGGGAUCUUCUUGAAAAACGUUUUGUACAUGGAAAACGUUUUGUGCAUGGUUAA